UGUCCGGUCCCACUCGUGUUCCCUCCCUCCCUCCCUCCCUCUCUACUACUCCUAGUAUACAAACUGCAUCUCUCUAGAACAUUUCUUCAUCUUAAUCUUAAUUAAGUAAAAGCCUUGGCAAAACAAAGAUGAGGAUCACAGUAGAAACUCUGAUCAAAGACAGAAAGUACCCCUUCAUCCUCUCUCUCUUGAUCAUCCUCUUCAUCUUCUCUCUCCUCAUCUUCUUCAAUGCAAACACUUCGCCGCUCACCAGCGUCUCCGAUCUCACUUCUCCAGCUCUGGUUGCGGCGGAGAAUCAAGUGAUGGAUUUGCAGUGGCGGAAAUGCGAUGGUGUGAAUGCGGUGGAUUAUAUUCCUUGUUUGGACAAUUUGAAGGCGAUCAAGGCGUUGAAGUCGAGGAAGAGGAUGGAGCACAGGGAAAGGCAUUGUCCGGAGAGUAAUCCCAGGUGUUUGAUUCCGCUUCCGCCGCAGUAUAGAGUGUCGGUGCCGUGGCCGAAGAGCAGGGAUAUGGUAUGGUUUGAUAAUGUCCCUCACUCUAAGCUUGUUGAAUACAAAAAGGACCAGAAUUGGGUGAAAAAAUCUGGUGAUUAUCUUGUCUUUCCUGGAGGCGGAACUCAGUUUAAGGAUGGAGUUAUGCACUAUGUGGACUUUAUUGAGAAGGCUUUACCAGAAGUUGGAUGGGGCAAGCGGACCAGGGUUAUUAUGGAUGUUGGUUGUGGUGUUGCUAGUUUUGGUGGGUAUUUGCUGGAUAAAGAUGUCAUUACAAUGUCAUUUGCCCCAAAAGAUGAACACGAGGCCCAGAUACAAUUUGCUCUUGAGCGAGGGAUUCCUGCCAUACUCUCUGUCAUUGGAACACAACAGCUUACAUUUCCAGAUAAUGUUUAUGAUUUGAUUCACUGUGCACGAUGCAGAGUUCACUGGCAUGGGGAUGGUGGGAAACCUCUAAGAGAACUCAACCGGGUUCUUAGACCUGGAGGGUACUUUAUAUGGUCUGCUACACCAGUCUAUCGUACUGAUGAAAAACAUCAGAACAUAUGGAACACAAUGGUAAAUCUGACAGAAUCAAUUUGCUGGAAAGUUGUUGCUAAAACAUCUUACUUCACUGGUAUUGGACUUGUUAUUUAUCAGAAGCCUGUUUCCUCUUCCUGCUAUGAAAGCCGUAAAGAAAAUAAGCCUCCUUUGUGUGAUCAGAACCAGGGGAAGAAUAUGUCCUGGUACAUACCUCUAGAUACUUGUCUUCCACCACUUCCAUUGCCAAACCAGGGCAGCUCAUACAAAUGGCCAGAGGCAUGGCCCAAAAGACUCAACAGUAAACCAGUUAGCCUAUCUAAUGAAGCAGAUGCUGAAGAACUGUUUCAUGAAGACACAAAACAUUGGUCGGCUCUAGUGUCAGAUGUUUAUUUACAAGGCUUUACAAUGAACUGGUCGAAAGUGAGGAAUGUAAUGGAUAUGAAUGCUGGCUAUGGAGGAUUUGCUGCAGCACUUGCUAAACUACCUCUGUGGGUAAUGAAUGUGAUGCCAGUUCAUGGACCUGAUACACUUUCUGUUAUCUUUGAUAGAGGACUGAUCGGGAUAUAUCACGAUUGGUGCGAGUCACUCAGUACCUACCCUCGAACAUUUGAUCUGUUGCAUGCCAGUUUCCUCUUCGGGAACUUGACUCAAAGAUGUGACAUAAUAGAGGUAGCAGUGGAGAUGGAUCGCAUACUGAGACCAGGUGGAUUUGUCAUAGUUCAGGAUACAAUGGAAAUGAUUAACAAGCUUAAUCCAGUUUUGCGCUCACUUCACUGGUCCGUAACUGUGCAUCAAGAACAAUUCCUUGUCGGUACUAAAGGCUUCUGGCGUCCAGAAGAAAUAGAGUCCUUGUGAACCGACUUCUCCAUCUUUCAUAUAUUCUUAUAUCAUCUGUAAAAUAUUGGUCACCGAAAAAAUACUGUAAAAUAUUACUUGGGCAUCCGUUUUUAAAAAAAUCUUGUGAGUUUUUGUAAGACGAGAAGGAAGAAGAAAAAGAAAGAAACGUUAAAACUGCAGAACAGAAGAAAUUUGUGGCCUAUUUCAUUAUUUGUUCGUACUUAU